GUUGUUUGGGGUGAAACGUGUAUCCUAUGAAGUAGACAAGUAGAAGAAUGAAGAAGAAGAGGCGUGUGUGAGUAGUAGGUGACCCAAAACUCCAAACUGUCUUAAAACCCCUUUAAAACCCUAAAUCGUAUUCAAGUUUUUUCGAUCAUGAUCAGAAGGCUUAACGGAGUUUCACUAAUCAGUCGAGCCAUUUCUGCCGGAUUAGGCGCCACUCAACUUCAACUUCUUCAACCAGGAACUCUCAGCUCAUGCUCGCCGCGUUUCGGGACGUUUUGGUGCUCCGGAAGGUUAUCCGAUGGCAUCAUUGGGCAAUCGAGCCCCUUUUCUGGGACCACGUGUUUCUCUAAUGUAGCAUCAUUGGCUCGAAACACUCAUGCCAAGGAGUCUCCGAGCUCCGAUAAUUUUCAACCUAAAAACGUUGUGCUCUAUCAAUAUGAAGCCUGCCCUUUCUGCAAUAAGGUGAAAGCUUUUUUGGAUUAUUACGAUUUGCCAUACAAAAUUGUGGAGGUUAACCCCAUGAACAAAAAAGAGAUAAAGUGGUCUGAUUACAAAAAGGUUCCUAUUUUGAAAGUUGAUGGUGAACAGAUGGUUGAUUCUUCAGAUAUAAUUGAUACUCUGUAUAAAAGGAUCAAUCCUGAGAGCGACACCCUGGACAGAGAAGAAGAAAAGAUUUGGUGCAGGUGGGUGGAUAACCAUUUGGUGCAUGUUUUAUCACCAAACAUAUAUCGAACUGUUUCUGAGGCAAUUGAGUCGUUUGAUUACAUCACUACUCAUGGCAAUUUUAGUUUUUCUGAAAGGAUAGUAGCAAAAUAUGGAGGAGCUGCAGCUAUGUAUUUUGUCUCUAAGAAACUGAAGAAGAGGCAUAACAUCACCGAUGAGCGUGCAGCCUUAUAUGAAGCUGUAGAAACAUGGGUGGAUGCUCUCAAAGGAAGACAAUUUCAUGGUGAUUCAAAUCCAAAUUUAGCUGAUAUAUCUGUUUUUGGGGUUCUGAGGCCUAUCAGGCCCCUUCAAUCUGGAAGAGACAUGGUGGACAAUACCCGGAUUGAAGAAUGGUACAGUCGCAUGGAAAGUGCAGUGGGAAAGUCUUCUAAGAUUCAGGCAUAAUGCUACUACUGUUUUAUUAAUGAAUUACUUUACAAUCUACUUUACUAAUAAUAAAGAAAAGAAAUUGAAACUUAUAUAAAUUAUACUGGUUUGGAUGAUGACUUUGCUGAUAAUUAUUAAUUGAUUUGGCAGUAGUAAAUUAGUAAUCACUCAGCAAAGCGUUUUGGUGAUGUUUAUUAGUAGUAGCCUAGCCCCAUACAGAUUCAAAACCAGCUCUGUAUCUGAAUAAAUGAUCAAAUGUCAGUCAAUUAUACAUGAGGUGAUGUUAUUCUUUA